CUCGCGUCGUCUCCAUUCCCCAGUCCCCUCGUUCGCUGCUCCCUUCGCCAUGGCGGUGAAGGGGAAGGGCAAGCAGGUGGCCACGGACCCCCCUGGCGCCGGUGGUGCCUCCGGGUCCGGCGGAAAGCGGCGGAAGGCCGCCGGCGUCGCGGGGCCCUCGUCGUCCUCCGCCGCCGCCGCGAAGCGCCGCCGCCGAUCCGGUGCCCUCCAGUUCGUCGACGACGCGGCCGGCGUCGACGACGAGUACGAGGAGGAGGAGGACGAGUCCGAGGAGGACCUCGACGACGGUUUUUUCACUGAGGAACAUGCAGAACAUGUCAGCCACAAAAGAACUGAAAGGUCACACCCUCUUCCAUUUCUUGUAAAGGAAGAGGAGCUUAGUGGUGAUGAACUUGAGGAAUUCAUCAAGAACCGUUAUAGUAAUGGUGUGAAAUAUGCUGCUGAUCGGAACUAUCAUAAAAAAGAUGAUGAUGACAUGUUUCCAAUGGAUGGUGCUCUGAAAGAGCCUACUAUUUGGAGGGUUAAAUGCAUGGUUGGGCGCGAGCGCCAAAUGGCUUUCUGCUUCAUGCAGAAGUUUGUUGACCUGCAGAGAAUGGGUACCAAAGUGCCAAUUAUCACGGCAUUUGCACUUGAUCAUGUGAGAGGAUUUGUUUUUGUUGAAGCUGAGAAGGCCUGUGAUGUUACGGAGGCAUGCAAAGGAUUUUGUAGCGUGUAUGCAAGCAGAAUUACUUCUGUUCCUGCAGCUGAAGUUCCUAGCUUGUUAUCCAGCCGUACAAAACCAUUUGAAAUCUCUCGUGGUACAUGGGUCCGCAUGAAGAAUGGAAAUUAUAAAGGAGAUCUAGCGCAGGUCGUUAGCGCGGAUGAUGGACGGAAAAGAGUGCUGAUAAAGAUUAUACCCAGAGUUGACCUCCACGCUAUUUCGAAAAAAUAUGGUGGUGCAAUUUCGCUAAAAGAAGCUGCAGUUCCUGCCCCACGAUUAAUCAGCUCACAAGAACUAGAGUUCUUCAGACCUCAUAUUGAAAUGAAGCGUGAUCGUCAGACUGGUGAUGUUUUUGAAGUGCUUGAUGGCUUGAUGUUCAAAGAUGGUUUUCUGUAUAAAAGGGUUGCACUUAGUUCUUUGAUUUACUGGGGGAUACAACCAACGGAGACUGAACUUCUGAAGUUCUCUUCUAGUCCAAGCAAUAGAAGUUCUGCUGAUGACUUGGAUUGGGUCUCCAGCAUCUAUGGUCCUAAGAAAAGGAACCUGCCCAAAGAACGUGAUGUGAAGGCAUCAUCUUCUAAAAUGAAAUCCUCCAAAGCAUCAAAUCUUAAAGCUUCGACUUCUACUGAAAAUUAUGAUGAUAAUGAUGAAUUCAACCUCCAUGAUCUUGUACUCUUUGGGCGAAAAGAUUUUGGUGUGGUCAUUGCUGUUGAGAAAGAUGGUUUUAAGAUAUUAAAGGGUGGUCCCGAAGGAUCUGCAGUAACAUUGAGAAAGCAGGAGAUUAAGAAAGGUUGUGUAGACAAGAUGUUUACAGCUGUUGACCAUCAGAAGAAGAUAAUAUCUAUUAACGACACUGUCAAAGUUCUGGAAGGGCCAUCUCAGGGUAAGCAAGGAGUUGUUAAACACUUGUACAUGGGAAUACUUUUCAUUUAUAAUGAAAGUGAAAGCGAGAACUGUGGUUUUUUCUGUGCCCAAUGCGUGUCAUGUGAAAAUAUUAAAAAACGGAAGGAUAUGGGAAGUUCUGCUACUGAAAAUUUGGAGGACAAUCCAAUUCCCAUGUUUUCAGAGCCAACUUAUGAGCACAAUGAGCAUCGUGACAGUGAAAGGCCUUGCAGGAGCACCAGAGAACAACUUUUCUCUAUUGGGCAGAUGCUGCGCAUUCGAAAGGGUCCUUUGAAGGGCUAUCUCUGUCGAGUAGUUCGAAUAUUUCGGAAUGAUGUGACUGUAAAGCUAGAUUCUCUACUAAAGAUUGUUACAGUGCAAGCUGAGUUUCUCUCAGUCCCAGCUAACAGGGGGGAUAAUUCGUCUGGUGUUCCAGCUGGUAAUUUUGGAAGUCAAGAUACAUCAUUCUUUGGUUCAGAAGCAGACAAAACCUCUUGGGACAACGGGUUGCCAUCUUUUGGCAGUGACUCAUGGCAACCCUUUUCAAGUUCCACCUUACCAAUCCAGAAUGCAGAUGGAGAAUCAAAGGUUGAUCCGUGGUUUAAGAAAAAAUCGGAUGAAGAUGAUUCUGAUCCAUGGGGUAAGAAAACAGUACCUUCUGCUGAUGGUGAUUCUGAUCCGUGGGGUAAGAAAAUGGUUUCUUCUGCUGAUGAUGAUACUGAUCCUUGGGGUAAGAAAACAACAUCUUCAGCUGUUGAAGUAUGGAACAAUAGUGCUGCACAAAAGGAAAGUUCCAAUGACAAUGCAUGGGAUAAACAAGCUGGAGUUGGUGGAUCAGAUGUUGCUGGCAGCUCUUGGGACAGAGCAGCAGUCAAUAAGGACAGUGAAAAGAGUGACAACUGGGGAGAGGCAUGCAGGGUGGCAGACAUGGGAACUAGUGGUAACACAGAUCCUUGGGGUAGCAAUGUCAAAGUAGUUGAUACGAAAGAAACAGAUAGCUGGGAAAAGGCUACAGUGCCUCCAAAUAAUAAGUUGGAGGGUGACAGUCAACAAGGAUGGGCCCAACCUUUGUGCAAGUCAAAUGAAAACCAAGGAAAAGGCAAAACUGCCAAUGAUGCGGACAAUAGUGGGGCUUGGGACACUGCUGUUACUAAUCGGACUGGAUCAUCUGUUAUUGGGAAAGGGGAUGGUGAUGCCUGGGUUAAAUCUGAUGCUUUGCCUAUCGCUGAAGAUGAAACCUGGGGCAAGUCAAAAGACAAUAAUGGUGAUGGAGCAGUUGGGUGGAAUGAAGCUAAAUCCUCUGACAAAAACUGUGGCGCGGGAGGUUGGGAUACUGCCGCUUCCAACUGGAAUAAAUCAUCUGCAGUGGACGAAGCUUGGGGCAAAGGAAAAGAGUCAUCUGCUAAUUCUGAAGAAAGAGACAAUGGCAGAAAUGAUGAGGGAAGCUGGAAGAGCUCAUGGGGAGGUGACAAUGCUGGAAGGCCCUCUUGGAAGUCUGAUAGUCAGGUAGACAAUGAAGCUGGAGAUUCUGGUGGAUACAGGGGAAGAGGGAGGGGGCAAUAUGGAGGGCGAGGGAGAGGGAGAGACAAUGGUUGGAGAAAUGGUGAUAGAAGCAAUUCCAGAUUUGGAAUGGAAAGCGGCAGUGGUGAUGGGCCAAAAUGGGGAAACAGUGGUUCUUCUGAUUGGGAUAAAAGUGCAUCCAAUAAAGGUUCUUGGGGUGGUGGAGAUAAUUGGACCACCACAAAUCCAUCAAGUAGCCAGCCCUGGAGUAGCAGUGGAGGCACCAAAUCAUAUGGUGAAAAUCAACCCUCCACUUGGAACAGUUCAAAGGAUAACAAACCAUCUGUUGGUGAACAAAAUGAUCCUUGGGCAAGCAAGGUGACUUCUACCGAAGGCAGAGAACAACAGAAUGAUACUUGGGCAAGCAAGAUGACUUCUACUGCUGGUGCCAAGGAUAGCAGUGGUGACUGGAACGCCAAGGCAAAAGACUCUUCCUGCAGCGUUGGGGGUAAAGAACAAGAAACUGAUCCUUGGGCAAGCAAGGUGUCUUCUACUGAGGGUGCUGAUGACAACAAUGAUAGCUGGAACACUAAGGGCACUCCAUCUGGCAGUGUGGGCAAGCUGGGCAAUGCUGCACCUGGUAGUUCUGGAGCUGAAGAAAAGGCUGAUGCCUGGAGUAGUAAAUGGGGUAAUGAUAAUAACAAGAAAACAGAUGGCUGGAGUGCUGACUUCUCAGGUGGGAAUCAGGAAUCUUCUUGGAGCAAACCAAGUUUCUCUUUAGAAGAUCAGACACCUGCUUGGAGCAGGCCAAGGUAUGGUGAUGAUAAUAAUGGAAAUAAUAGGGGUGGAUUUGGACGGGGAAAUCGAGGCAGAGGAGGGAGAGGAAGGAGUUUCGGGGAUAGUGGAUCCUCAUGGAAUGGAGGCAACAGAAAUGAUGAAUCAGGUGGCGAAAGGUCUGAAGACCACUGGAACAGGAGGAAUUUUGAUGGUGGCAGAGGAAGAGGGAGAGGACGCUUUGGGCGAGGUGAUCGUGAUCAAGGUAACAACUUUGGGUCAGGAGAUGGUGGUAGUUGGGGCUCUGGCAGGGGUAAUAGUGGCCGAGGUGGUUACAGAAACUGGAAUGACAACAAUGAGAGAAGGCCCUUCGGUCAAGGCGGUGACUGGAAUACCAACAAAGGAAGCAGCGAAGGAGAUCAAGCUUUCUCAAAAAGCAAGCCUGGCUGGGGGAGUGACAAUAAUGAUAGCUGGGGAGCGCCAAAGAUAUCUGGUGGAAAUGAUCAGGCAGGAAAGAGUGAUGAAAUCAACACCUGGAGUCAAAACAGUUCAUCUUCGUCUAUCCUGGGUCAGCCAAGCGGUAAUGCUAAGGAUUCUAGCGCAUGGGGUGCUCCUAGUGACACCACCACUGGUGGAGGAGCAGGCGGACGCUCUUGGGAAAGGAGUAAUGAAGAUAGCUGGAAUCCUUCGAAAAGAACUGGAGGUACAGAGAAAUCUUCAUGGGAUGGGUCAGAAGCUGCUCCAAAGAAAGAUGGCGAAGGGAGCGGGAGCCAGGGAGGAGGUGGCGGCAGUUCCUGGGACAAAGCUUCGGAUGGUGCAUGGAACAGCAACAAGGGUAGCGAUGCUGGCAGUGGUGGAUGGUAAGCUCCAGAGUAAGCCCGUGCCUGGAUGGCGCAACUAUGUAAAUAUCCCUGAGUGUUACGUUAUUGUGUGCUUCUAGUAUCUAGUAGCUCCUUUGCCAUGCAACUGGAACCCUAAAACAUGGCCUAGUACCAGUUAAACAUUUCCUAGUACUGGCAUUAAGUAUGGUACGUUUGCUCUGUCGUA